UCCGGCCCGGUGCGUUGCCUCACGAACUCGCCACGCCAACCACAUCUCUAUCGCAAUCGUUCUCUCUACUCUACUCUCUACCUCACCACUACCAAUAUGAGGGAAUGUAUCUCAGUACACAUCGGACAGGCGGGGGUUCAGAUCGGCAAUGCCUGCUGGGAGCUGUACUGCCUGGAGCACGGCAUCCAGCCCGACGGCCAAAUGCCGUCUGACAAGACCCUGGGCGGCGGAGACGACUCCUUCAACACGUUCUUCAGCGAGACCGGCGCCGGCAAACACGUGCCCAGGGCCGUGUUCGUCGACCUGGAGCCCACAGUUGUCGAUGAGGUCCGCACUGGCACCUAUAGGCAGCUGUUUCAUCCGGAACAGCUUAUCACCGGCAAAGAAGACGCGGCCAACAACUACGCACGCGGCCACUACACCAUCGGCAAGGAGAUCGUCGAUGUCGUGCUCGACAGGAUCCGGAAGUUGGCAGACCAGUGCACGGGACUUCAGGGCUUUUUGGUGUUCCAUUCAUUUGGUGGAGGAACUGGCUCCGGUUUCACAUCUCUGUUGAUGGAGAGACUCUCCGUGGACUACGGAAAGAAGUCCAAACUUGAAUUCUCGAUCUACCCGGCACCUCAGGUAUCAACUGCUGUGGUCGAGCCGUACAACUCGAUCCUGACCACGCACACCACGCUCGAGCACUCAGACUGCGCCUUCAUGGUGGACAACGAGGCCAUCUACGACAUCUGCCGGCGGAACCUGGACAUCGAACGACCCACUUAUACCAAUCUGAACAGACUCAUUGGACAGAUCGUAUCCUCGAUCACCGCGUCCCUCCGCUUCGAUGGCGCUCUCAACGUGGACCUGACGGAGUUCCAGACGAACCUGGUGCCGUAUCCUCGCAUCCACUUCCCGCUGGCCACCUACGCGCCCGUCAUCUCCGCGGAGAAGGCCUACCACGAGCAGCUCACUGUGGCGGAGAUUACCAAUGCUUGCUUUGAGCCCGCCAAUCAGUUGGUGAAAUGCGAUCCCCGUCACGGCAAAUAUAUGGCUUGCUGUAUGUUGUACAGAGGCGACGUGGUGCCCAAGGAUGUAAAUGCCGCCAUCGCAACUAUCAAGACCAAAAGAACUAUUCAAUUCGUGGACUGGUGUCCUACUGGGUUUAAGGUGGGUAUCAACUACCAGCCGCCCACAGUGGUGCCUGGCGGAGACCUGGCCAAGGUCCAGCGCGCCGUCUGCAUGUUGUCCAACACCACUGCUAUCGCUGAAGCAUGGGCCAGGCUUGAUCACAAAUUCGAUCUGAUGUACGCCAAGCGCGCUUUCGUGCACUGGUACGUGGGGGAGGGCAUGGAAGAGGGAGAGUUCUCUGAGGCCCGGGAGGACCUCGCUGCGCUGGAGAAGGACUAUGAGGAGGUCGGGGUCGACUCCACCGAGGGAGAACUCGACGAUGAGAACGAGUAUUGAAGAACAGAGAUACCAGCCACCCGUAUACAAAAACUAAGAUGCACAAUCAGAAUUUAGGGUCAAUCAUAUGGUAUCUUUUAUAUAUCGUGUAACACGUCUUAGUUGGAUAUUAACUGCGACAUCAUCAAAUAAUUGCCACUUAAUUUUUGAAUCAGUAAUAAGUAUGUAUGUGUGUAGUUCGCUUUUUAUAAGUUAAAACAACAUAAUAAUUGUGUAUCUUAUUUUUCUGUUUAUUGAUGUCUACGAACUAACCGAAGGCAUUGCUACAAAUCUUCGGUAAAUUAACUAAUUAAUUGGUCUCCAUUUUGGUAUUCAUAAAGUCGAUAAUAUAGUUUUAAGAUAGGACUAUUUUUAAAACCCGGCGCAGCAUAUAUAUUAUAACAUAUAUAGUGUAUUUUCCGAUAUGCACUGCGACCACUGUACAGUGUGACGUCAAUUUAGUAUACUGUGAAGCCGUUCCUUUAUAGUUAGUUAUACUGGUUACUAUUUAAAACGGAACGCAAUCCCGUAUACUGUCAGCCGCAUUUUUUGAUGCAGCAUUCAAAUGAAUGUAAGUACUAAAAAUUUCUAUAAACUGUAGGUAUUGUUAAUAAAACAUUAGGCACUCGAGUGGUUUUGACUGAUCACUUGAUCAAAGUACUGAAAGUACCCUACCUCGGAAACGCCAGUGCUCACAGUAGAAUAUGGCGACGAUUUAUGACGUCAUAUAUUUACCUAGGGUACUGCGGUAGUAUUCUGCCAGUACAUAACGAACGAAUUUUUCUACAGUGAUAGCACUGUGCAGUGCUCGCAGUGCAUAUCGGAACAUACUUUUAAAUAUAGUAUCUGCUUCGUCUCAGUUGAGUAAUUAAUUAGUAUAAAUAGAAACGCAGAAAUAUCGAUAAUUGAAUAUCUACUAUUUUAUAGUCUGUGUAAUUCAUAAACGAUACUCUAUUAUAGUACAAACGUUUAAAUAUUUUCUUAAACAAAGUUUGUAUUACAAACUAUUCACGAAAUUAUUCGCGCAUUUAUAUACUAAGGUGACAUUAUUUUAACUUUGUAGUAUGUAGUUAAUAAUGCUUAAUAUUAUGGAGAAGUGGGAGAAAUAAUUUUAAUAAACAUAAAAAUUUUGUACACUUUA